CCUGAGGAGUGUGUGGGGCAGUCGGUUGGUCAGAGUGUGUGUGUGUGUGAGAGAGAGAGAGCUCGGUGGAGCCGCCGCGCCAGCGCAGAGAGGCACGGAGACGCAGCAGAGCAUCAGGGCGUCCUCAUCUGGGGGAAAAAAUAAAAUAAAAGAACUUUUCCCAGUAACACAGCGAGCUACUGGUGGGAAACAAUCAGAGGGAAUAUUGCUUUACUGCACGGACAUAAGAUGAAAGGGUUACCUGGUUGUAUAUUGGAUUCGGAGUCUUGCGUUACACCGCUGCGACUUUGACACAAGAGCUGCGCUGGCAGAGUCUCUAGGAGUUGUCUGUUAGAGGAAUUUCAGGCACCACGGAUCAAACUUGAGUUGGACAUCCAGGAACCAGUCAGGGAGUAAGCUAAACUACCUACCUACUGCUCUCACUGGGAAAGAAAACGCUAAAGCACCACUGCCACCAUGGAUGAGGAACAGUGCUACUACAAUGAGACCAUCGCCUUCUUCUACAACCGUAGUGGCAAGACCCUUGCUACUGACUGGAACACCGUCAGCAGGCUGGUGAUGGGCCUGGGCAUCACAGUGUGCAUCUUCAUCAUGCUUGCCAACCUUCUGGUGAUGAUCGCCAUCUAUGUCAACAGGAGAUUCCACUUCCCCAUCUACUACCUGAUGGCCAACCUGGCAGCUGCUGACUUCUUUGCUGGACUGGCCUACUUCUACUUGAUGUUCAACACGGGACCAAACACAAGGCGUCUGACUGUUUCGACGUGGCUUCUGCGCCAAGGCCUGAUUGAUACCAGCCUGACGGCGUCUGUGGCCAACCUGCUUGCCAUCGCCAUUGAGCGCCACAUCACUGUGUUCCGCAUGCAGCUACACACACGAAUGAGCAACCGACGUGUGGUCGUGGUGAUUGUCAUUAUCUGGACCAUGUCCAUAGUCAUGGGGGCCAUCCCCAGCGUUGGCUGGAACUGUAUCUGUAGUCUUAAGACUUGUUCCAACAUGGCACCGCUUUACAGCAACUCGUACCUGGUCUUCUGGGCAGUGUUUAACCUGGUGACAUUUGUUGUAAUGGUGACGCUGUAUGCCCACAUCUUUGUGUAUGUGCGGCAGAGGACCAUGAGGAUGUCACGGCACAGCUCUGGACCAAGACGCAAUCGAGAUACCAUGAUGUCUCUGCUGAAAACCGUAGUGAUUGUUUUGGGUGCGUUCAUUGUCUGUUGGACACCUGGCCUGGUCAUCCUCCUCCUCGACGUCUUCUGCUCCAGCUGCAAUGUCCUAGCCUUCGAGAAGUUCUUCCUGCUUCUCGCCGAGUUCAACUCGGCCAUGAACCCCAUCAUCUACUCCUACCGUGACAAGGAGAUGAGCGCCACCUUCAGGCAGAUCCUGUGCUGCCAGCGGCAGGAGAACGUGAACGGAACGACAGCAGAGGGGUCUGACCGGUCAGCGUCGUCCAUCAACCACACGGUGCUCAGCGGCAGUGGUAUGCACCACCACCACCACCAUCAUAAUGAACACUCCGUAGUAUAAAGGAGGGCUGGAUAUCAUGGAGAUUAAUCGAGCUGCUUGAAGGGGUUAAUCUCUUUUGGAAAUAGUGACUAAUAAAGGGUAAAUGGAAGUAUGGGAAGGUCAAGAGGGACUGUGAAUAUGAUACAAACUAAUGAACGUGGUAAAUAUGAGAAUGGAGGCAGUUAGAUGAAGUGGAUUUGAUGAUGAGUUGGAUGACAAUGACAAAGAGAAUGGCAUCUAUGAAGAAAGGUGAAACAACUUCAUCGACUUCAGAAUGAUCUGAUCUUCAAGGACUCUGAUAGGCUGUUAGUAUUUUUGUUUAGUUGUUUAUUAUUUUCUGUUGUGUUAAAUGUGUUGUUAAGGGCAAUGCUGAUAUGAACUAUUUAAAAGUAAUCUGUGAAAUGAAGGUAAUGCCAGUAUAACCCAUCCUCUGUCUCCAGUCUUCUCUAACGUUGUAUCCUGUUGUUAUGGGUUACAUCCAUUCAAGGACUAAUUCAUAUUAAUUGCAGCAUUUUCGGUCAGAGCCCAGAUUUAGAACACUAUUCUUCCUUUUUCUUUUGUGUUUGGGAGAAAAGACUGUGGAAAUUCAAACCAGCACAUGAUGUUUUGUGCUUAUAACAUGUAACUGAAAGUUGAUACAAGCGAUCUCUAUCAGCUUUAACUUUAAAAUGACCUUGUGGAGAGUUAAGGUCAGCUUUGUUGAUAGUGUUCAGACCAAUUUCCAGGAUUUGAAAAAUUCCAAACCAUAGGCGCCAAAGUGGCAAAUUAAUUAAGUGUCUUGCCAGUGCUUAUAAAAUGAAUAAAUAUGUAUGUAUGACAUGUUUGACAUGUUUAGCGACUUACCAAAAACACUGCAGUAUUGUUCUGCCAAUUAUGGAUUCAACCCAGUGUCAAAGUAACCAGAGCCAUUAUCCUUUUCCACAUUGGAUUCAUCACUCAUUUUUAAAUGACAAGUGACCUUACAGACUAAAUACUACAGGGACACAUUAUUCUACCAACCAUCCUCUCCUACUAAAAAGCCUUUUGUGAAACCAUCCCAUCAGUUUCCUCUUAAAUACGUGAGGGGUCCAAGAUCUGCAAGAAAUCCUGAGUUGUUUAUUCUCUCUGAGGAAUUAGAGACGAGUUGUUCCAGGGAUCUUACCAAAAAGAGGAGGAGGAUGUUUGCCAUUUCAGAGCAGGCUCUGUGCCACAGUGUUAUGUGGAGACAAGGCGAAGGUCAUGUCUGGUGAGCGUUAACAGACUUCAGAUUAUGACACGAAAUGUGCUGUUGUCUGCCUCUCGUGGUUUUAUCAAGUGUUCUGUAUCCAUGAGGCUGACAGAGAGAAGCGGGAAAGUGGGGGGUGGGAAAAGUUAAGUGAAUGUGAAACAAUAUUCAGCACUCGUGAAAAAUUUGCUCCCUGGUGGUUUUGAAACUGAAAAUUGCUGUAAACUAUAUGAAAUUAGAAUUGUGAACAACAUAGAACUAGUACAUCUUCCUAACAUUGUGAGAGGUAUAAAGGUGGACCAUAAACAUUAACAUGAGGAUAAAAUGGAUGUUAAUGAAUGCCUGCUUAAAAUUGUAGUUUACAAAGUCCACUUUGCCACAAAUGAUACAGCAGCUGAUAUAAACAAAACACUGACCUGCUCAAAUUACAGCCAGCUGUCCAGAACAGAAGACAGUGACGUAUAUUCAUCUAUGUCACUGUAUGAAUUUUAAUCCAGUGGGAUUUAAGGAGCCAAAGAAAAGACUAGAAUGGCUAGAAUUCCCAUUUUGGGAUAUGUUUAAUUAAUUUUUGUCAGGGAUUUAACUACAGUACCACAGUCAAUAAUAGGUGUAACUGUUAUUGACACCCAUCCAGAAUAUAUUAUGUUUUGUUGAUGUCACCAUAUUACAUGUUAGGGGCUAUGAUUCUGAUUUAAAGGUCUACUGACAGCAAUGACCAUAUUAUAGUUUACUCAUACUUUACUCUGAUAAUAUUUGCCUUAAGGAUUGUUGAACAGACUUAGUGAGAGGUGAGCCAGAGUUGAGUCAAUGUAGUGUUGAGCGGUGUAAUAUAAUUUCCACAAGUGCACUCACUGCCUUCUGCCAUUAACUUGUGAUUCUGUGCCAGCUGAAAGUCAGCGUGGUGAUGCUAUGACGUACAUUGUUAAAAACCGCUAGCUGAAUGCUUUGUCGUGACUUGAAUCAAAACAGUUUUUGGCCAGAAUACACAGACAAAGCUCCCAACAGCUGACAGCAAAGUGAGAAUCACAGCCAAAAAUACAGUCAAAUGUUUUCCAGGAAGCAAGAUGUUUGUCAGGGAUUUAAACUGCAGUGCUAACAUGAGGUCAGAUGGUAUUCUUAACUGUCAAAGUUGCCCAAUCAUAAGUUUCACGGCAACGAUCUUCCAUAAAAAUUUUGUUUUCUUAUGUUUAAUCUUUGCGUUUGUGCAGCUUUCACUUUUGUUAACUUCACGAAAGGCCUCACAAGAGUGGUGGCAGCAGGAGUGCCACUCAUUGUUUCACUGACCAAACUUUGCCAAUCUACAACUCUGGACCCAACCAUUGACAUUCACUGUAACCAUUUUUCUAACAAGUAUUGAUUCAGGUUAUAUAGCAAACCAACUAAACUUUCUGUCUUUGUAUGUCUUUGUUUACCAGUGAGUCACUCUUUGUAUACCUUUGUAAGUAUAUGUGUACAGUAUGUAUGUAUAUAAAAUAUAUUAUUCAAAGUUAAUCACCAAAGGGAAAGUGUUUUUGUGUCUGUAAAUUUAACUGUGUUAUACUCUGUCCAAAUGUACUGUAGGAUUUUGUUUAUGGUUUUUAUGGUUUUAUUGUGACCCUAAUUAAUGAACUCCCUGUAGAUACAGUUAUUAACUUGUUUGUGACCCAGAACCAGAUAUCUAUGUGUGCAGUGCCUUCCAUGUCUCCUCUUUAAAGAGUAACUUAACACCUGACUGAAAAGCAGUGAUUUACUGCCCUCUCUGGUUGAAUGUUUCUGCCUGUUUCACCUCUGACCACACCCAGCAGUGAUGUCACAGUGUCCUGGAGUACACUUGUACAUCACUGCAACAAAGUGACAAAUUAAAUCACUAGAGGUCAGCAAAGCCAAGAUUUUCAGGUGGUGUUAAGGUGCUCUUUAAGUUUGUGUUUUGCUAACACCAUUGUCUUACAUUUGCCUUAAAGUAGAACAAAAAUUAAUGUCAGUGUUGGAGCAAUAUUUCACUUUUGUUGAGGACAUUCACCAGAAAGUGUGAUUUUUUUUAAAUAAUACAGAUACACAACACAGCCUCAAAAAAUGGUCACAAAUGAAGUAAUUGUAAUUGUUGACUGUUGAAGAGAUAUAACGUUUGGAGUCAACACAAAACAAAGAAAUUCAUUCUUGAGGGCAACACACACUGGCAGCGUAUGACACACGUCAAAACACCUACAUCAACUGUUUUAUAUGUAAAUUCACAAAAUUCACUGGUAGUGUCUUGACGUGCGCCAAUGAUCUGCAGAAAAUGUUUUAUUCGCUCCCAGAUUGGCACCUGAUAUUUACUGCAGGUGUCACAUGACACAAUGUAACAUGACGCAACUGGUAUGUGUUGCACUUUCAUCACGUCAUGUCACGUAAUGCUGUACCAAACAUUACUGUUCAUCCCAAAGAGUAUACACAUAAUGAUACCAUUAACAUGAUUGGGACCAGUGACUGAUCCUCUGAGCUGUAGGUCUGAGACAUUUUAUUCUUCCAGAGUGAAACAUUGCUUUAAAAUGCUGUUAAAAAAAAAUCAACCUCAGCUUUAAUAUACCAUGUACCAGUAGUUUGUAGUGAGUAAUUGUGACACAUACUAUCUAUACUGUAGGGGCCAAUAUCAAUGAAUGUCCAGCCAGAGUCAUAGUGUUGAUAUCCCAGCAACAAUAAAAACAUGAGAAAAGUCUGAA